AUGAAACAUGCUCGAAGAAGUGCAUUUCUGGACGAUGUUGGCUUCUCACAACGAUCAGCAACUGCUUACGCACGUCAAACACUUUCAAAACGUGUUUCACAAGUUUUGAUCGCAGCACGAUGUACAGAUCCAUUGUUAUGGACUUUUACUUCAUUUCUUGGUCUUUUUGUCAGUGCUCUACAAUCAAUACCAUUGGCAACAAAUGGAUGGGUUUAUGUUACUGAACCGCAACCAUACAAUAAAACAAAUGAAAACGGAGAUCUAAUGGACACUAUAUUUCUUUACAAUGCAGGUUAUUUUGUGAUGUGUCGCGAGCAUAUAGGAGUGGCUGCUGAAGAUAUUCGAUCAUACUUAUCAAGUGAAGAAGCGGAAUACCAGUGUUACUGGAAUCCAAUCCUUACUGGUAAAGAUCUAACAGAAUUUAGUUCUGCAACUCUCGCUAUUGAAGGACGUCUUGCGCUGCCUACCUCAAUGCAUAUUAUUGGCGUCACCAUCUGUUACAUAGCAUUUUAUUUCGGUCUCAUUGGUCACAAAAAACGUAACUCAAAAACACUUCUUGCAGCAAUAAUGUACAUUUUUGGAGGCCUUGUCGUGCUGGUUGGUGUCCUACAGUUCGUUUGCGUUGUUGACGAUGAAUUAGCGCCACGAAUGAAACCGAAUGCAGCUGGCGAACCAUCUAAAUUUAGUUUUGUAUACGGGUUUUCAUUCUUCUUUGCUUCAUUAUCCUUUCUACCACUGCAAAUGUGUGCUUGUUGUCAUGCAUUUCUUUAUUUCCGACGUUUUCCAACUGUACUUGACAAAAUAAAAAUUAUACCAGGUCUUGAAGCACAAUUGAGACGCAUUCAAGUGGUAAUGGCGCUUGAUUCACCACCUCCUGAAACAUUUAAGAAAGGAUCCGUUUGCGCCGUUGUGUAUCCUAAUCAGCCAAGUAGUCGAAAAUCAACACGUUAUAGUCUUAAUUCACCGCUUCUGAUUCAUUCACCAAUUGUACUGCCUCCAUCAUUUCAUGAGUCAUUAUCAGCAACAACCGUGCAUAAUUCACUGAAUCAUUAA